AAUGAGAAAAGCAAACACCUGGACACCAAAACAGCAAGGCUUUGGUUUCUGCUUCUGCUUCAGCUUCAGUUUCAAGUACAUAAUCUCCUUCUAAUGUCCCUCUGAGAAAUCCCUAAGUCAAUUCCACCCAAAAUGUCUUGGUUCUUCAACUCUCUACAAUACGACGAUCCAGACUCUUCUCCUUUUCCAUCAUCACCAGCGCCCCAACGCCACGCACACGAUAGCCCCACGAUUCGCGGCGGGGGAGUUAAAGAGGAUUUUUCUGUUAUCGGCGAGUCUUUCGCCCGCCAAUUGCGUGGCGUUGCCAACUUUCUCGCUCCGCCUCCAUCACCGCCGUCCUCUUCACCCUCCCUAGAUAAGCCACCGCCUUCUUCUUCUUCUUCUUCUUCUUCGUCACAGUCGCAGGCUCUACUUGGGAUCCGGAAUGAUCUUGCUGAAAUAGGAGGUACCUUGAGGAGUGGUCUUUCUCUUCUCUCUAGUAAUAAAGCGGUUAGUGAGAUCUCUAAGUUUACCUCCAGCUUUUUGCAAUUUCAAAGUGGCAAUAAUGACGAAGAAGAUGAAGAUGAUUAUGUGCCGGGAAUUACAGAUGAGGUUAUUGGUUUUGUUCAGGAGAUAUCGUUGAGACCUGAAUGCUGGACUGAUUUUCCGUUGUCACUAGAAAAUGAUUUCAAAAUGUCUGAUGCUCAGAGAGAACAUGCUUCAACUGCUGAGCAUAUGGUUCCUAGUCUGACAGCUCUUAGAGCUAACCUUCAUAGUUGUAUGGAGGAUGAACGAUUUUGGAUGAUAUAUUUUAUAUUGUUACUUCCAAGACUGAAUGAACAUGACUCUGAGAUUCUAUCAACUCCCCAGAUAGUUGAAACAAGAAGUGUACUUCUGCAGAACCUGCAAAACAAGAGAAAUGUGGAAGUGGAGAGCUCUGAGAGUUCUGCUACUAUUGAUACAUCUCAAGAGGGCAUCAAAGUCAGUGAGAUGCAAGAGGAGAAUAUCCCAUCUAGGGAAAAGGAGGUCAGUUCCAUUGUAAAUGCAACUGGUAGGUUAGAAAUUGAUGAUGACGAGAAUGCGGAGCACUGGUUGAAAGAGAGAGAGAUUGAUACUGGCACAACCCUGGACAGACAGAAAAAGCCUGAACAUGAAGAGGAUGUGUCCUUUAGUGAUUUGGAGGAUGAUGAUAGUGAUCUUUCUGGUAGAAUAUCUGGAUCUAGGCAAGGACGGCGAAUUAUUAGGGCCCCUUCACCCAGUGAUUGGGUCCAACUGAAUGAAAACUCUGAGACUGGGAGUGGUGCGCAAAAGGCAUGGCAGUCUCUUUCCCGUGAGAAAGAUUCUGAUGGUGAGUCCAAUGAUUGGCUUAAAGUUGAUGAUUUUGAUUAGUGAAAUCAGUGACUGUUUAUUGCUGAUUUAUUGUAAAGUUUUAUCAUUUUUUUUUCAAUGUUUAGUUUCUGUAUUUAUGGAAUUCAACCUGUUACAUAAGCAUGUUUAAACUAAUAA